AUGUCCCAGCCAAGGCGAUGCUUCGUCGAAGAGGUCGCUGGACCUAUCAAGCUCAUAGACAUAUUGCAUCGUGAUGGAGCGACAAGUCGUCGGCAAUGGUCCACCGCCGACGAGAUAGAGGUGCACCUCAACAGCGCCGAUUGCGAUAAGUACUCGCAUCGGUUCGCGUCAAUCUGUCAGCGUACAUCGUGGAGCCCCCUGCAAAUCACGCAGCCGCUGCUCGAGCUGCUCGUGUCCAAACACGAUGCACACGAUUCAUUCCGGGACAUCACAUCGUGCUUCUACUAUCGCAACGACGACGUCGAAGAAAACUACUGCCAGCCAGUCACCAUAAACAGGACGGGCACAACUACUGAGAUCAGCUAUACGAUUCGGUAUCCGGAACUCAAGUCCGGUGGCCGUGAAUGGGCUCUCCGCCAAAGCGGUCUCUACCACAGCUUCGAUACCGCCACGGCCAAGAGCGUGUCGGUCCUGUUCAGCUGCACGCCAAACUCGGCGGCACACCAGAAAGCAAAGGAGCUCCUGUUGGCCGGCGGCGAUGAUGCUCCCGCGAAGUUGCGAAACCCUUCAUGGAUUCACGAGGUCCUGUUCGCGGCGUACUAUCCCGCGUGGAGGCCUUACAUCGCCUCACUGGAACUCAAGCUUCUCCCCAUCGAGCCCCUGCGCGUGGGCUACGACAACCUGAGCGCCCUGGUCAGUCUCGAGAACCGCUUCCUGCAGAUUCCGCAGUUCCUGUCGCACGGAGAGGAUGUCCUGCGCGAGCUGGUGUCCGUCUUUGGUCAAGACCGGGCAGCAGCGGGAGUAGGGCCGUUACCCACGGCCGCAGUCGUCCUCCAGCUCGAGAACUACCGCCGCCGUGCCCAGGCGUGCUCGCGCACCGCGACGUCCCUGCAUCGACGGUCGCAGACCACCGCACAGCUCCUGUCCGACACUCUCUCGUUCGGGGACCAGAUCGUCGCCAAGGAGCAGAACGGUAGCAUGCUGCAACUCAACAAGUCGGCCGUGUUCUUGACUACACUGACCCUCUUCUACCUGCCUGCAUCCUUCGUCGCCACCUUCUUCGGUAUGAACUUCUUUGACCUCGACCAGCAGGUCGGACGCAUUGUCAGCACUCCCACGAUCUGGAUCUACAUCGUUACAUCAAUCGCGCUGACGGCAAUGACAUUUUCCGUGUAUUACUGGGUGCUACACCACGACGACUCGGUUGUCCGUCGGAUGUCACCCAAGGUACACAUCGUGGACUGGAGAGGACUGACCCGUCGUCUCACGAUGAAAGGGGGUAAUCGCAUGAAGUUCGAAAGUGCACCUGUGUGA